CUUUCCGCCAUUUUCUAAACAACGCUAGUGGAAAUAUCCAGUUUGUCUCGAGAUCACCUCAAACCUCCUUUUCACUAUUGAGAAAGACAUCAAAAUGGCGACCGUAGCUCCAGCUGCAGCGAAGUCAAAGAUUUCUGCUGAUUCAGAAGUUCAAAUCACAAAAGAGGACCAGGGAAAAAUAAAUACCUUUGCAAACACAAAUGCAAAAAUGAAUGAUGUGAAAUCUGAUAUUGAAAAGAAAAAGAAAGAGUUGAUGAAUCUUGAAGAUGCAGAAAAUGAUCUUCUGCUAUUGGAUGGAGAUGAAGAACUUGUUCCAUUUCGCAUUGGUGAAGUAUUCAUAAAAAUGUCAUCAGAUGAUGCCAAUCAACUGAUUGAAACACAUAAAACCAAAGUGCAAGAAGAGAUAAAUCAACUGGAAGCAGAAGUUGAUGGACUAAAGAAAAUUCUAGCAGAUCUUAAAGUUAAACUGUAUGGCAAAUUUGGAAAUAACAUUAAUUUAGAGGAAGAUGAAGAUUAAUACAUUAAAAUUACCUAGCUUGUGCAUUUGUUAGUUUAUUAAGCUAUGAUCCUGCAAAAUUAUGUUUCACCGUCUUAAGCCAGGUAGUGAACCAGAGUGAAUUGAGGAAA